AUGUCAGCCCAAAUGUUUAUCGGAGGCGCCGCUGCGGCGGUCGCAGCAGCCGCCGUUUAUCACCAGGAGAAGGAUCAUCAUACCGUGUCCAACAUCGCCCACGGAACCACCAGUCACUUGAAGUGGAACGCAGGUAACAUACGCGAUGGCCUCCACGACGACUUGGCCAGCUUCAAGGACGCAGUCGUGCACUGUCUCACGUUCCGCAGCGGCCAGUCCCGCGACUACCGCCACCAGUCGUCCAUGUUCGGCAACGGUUCUGCUGGCAGUGCCAAGUCCGGGUCGUGGUUCGGUGGCGCGACUGACUCGCGCGAUGGACUACUCGAGCGCGGGCGCGAGGCCGGGCGCGAGGCCGGUCGCGAGGCCAGCUCGUGGUUCCGCGGCGACAGCCGCACCGAGGAUUCGGGCCGGUCGUGGUUUGGGCGCGACGCCCGCGACACCCGCGACACUCGCUCGGACCGCUCGUGGUUUGGCCGCGACGCACCGGAGGCCCGCACCGACGGCACCUGGCUCAACGGAGAGCGCGACCGCUCGUGGUUCGGUCGCGAGAAACACGCCACCCUCGACGAGUCCGACCGUGUCUUCCGGAAUGGCGGCCGUCUCGGCGUCGACACCCACGCGCUAGGCGCCGACGCCCGCGGCAAGGUCGACGACAUCAAGCAGGCAGGUGCAGACCUCGGCCGCUCCGCGCAGGCCAAGGUCGACGACUUCAAGCAGGCCGGCGCUGACCUCGGUCGCUCUGCCCAGGACCGCCUCCAGCGCGGCGUUGCCGACGCCAAGCAGACGCUCUCAGGCGCCGCCUCCACCGUCUCCGGCGCCGCGGCCUCCGCUGCUGGCGCCUCUCGCGACGCCGCCUCGUCCGCCGCCGACAAGACCCAGUCCCUCUUCAACUGGGGCUACAACAAGGCCGAAAAGUCGAAGGCCAUCGCCAUCGGCGAGUACGACAAGGCCAACAAGGACUACCAGCAGGCCCUCGACGCCUACAACCGCUCCAAGCGCCUGCUCGCCGACGGCGACCAGCACCUCCGCACCGCCCUCGAGAGCGCCCAGGCCCAGCUGCGUGACUGUCGCGACAAGCUCGACGCCAUCUCCGCGGAGUUCGACCACUACGCCCGCGAGAACAUCUCCGACAUCUCCCGCCGCCUGGACCACGAGGACCGCGAUUCCCGCGGCUCCGGCCUCUUUAGCUGGUUCCGCUCCAAGGCCCCGGCUGUCGAAAUCGACCCUCGCGAGGCCCACCGCGCCGCGGCGGAUGCCAAGGCUGGUGUUGCCGGCGCAGCCGCCGACGUUCGCGACGGUGCCGCUCGCCUUGCAACCAAGCUCGGCUCCGCCGACGCCCACGCCCACUUCGACUCCCUACACCGGCCUACAGAGGACGAGAUUCUAGCCGCCAACGCCGCCCGCGCUCUAAGGGGCUGGGGCGAGACCGCGGCCAGUCUCGCCAACGAAGAGCUGGAGGAGGAGCGCAGCCGUGCUGGCCGCUUCUGGCGUAAGUAG